AUGGCGGCUGCUGCCGUUGUCCAGCUGGCGUCUCUGUCGGCCGACGAGACGGUCAUCAAGCUUCCUCAUCCCUACCUCACCGAGUAUACCGUCCGGCCAACGGGACGCAAGGAGCUUCCCAAUGUUCCUCUAUACCAGCUCCGCGAACGACAGGCCUCCUCGAGGACGCCUCUCCCCAUGAAGCUGGACGAUGACGGCAUCUUGUUCUCCGAUCGCACCGACCUCAAAUCGAGCGAGCUACCCCCGGCGUCCGACAACAGCUCCUGGGCGCGCGCGAGACGAUCGCCCUGCUCGACCAUCGUCUGGGACGGCGCCGAGGCCCCGGAUCUGGCCCAGGCCUGGCUGCUGCUCUACGUCCUCUUCACCGUCCGCCCCGGCAUGGAGACGCUGCGUCUCGAGCUCCGGGGCCAGAAGGCGGCGACGCUGGCCCGGCAGCUGACGGACGUCAUGCUGGCCAUCGAGCACCCGCUGCGAGCAAAGGAGACGCGGUCACCCUCUGCGAGGACGGAUCGGUGCGUCGUGCUCGCACUGCGAGGCACCUUUUGGCAGGGCGCCGGCUCUCCCUUUGGCCCUCGUCCCGUGUGGUGCCCUCAGGAAUCACCCUCGUCCUUGUCCGGCCCGACCUCCUCGCUUGCCUCGUACCCUCCCAUGCCUCUGCAUCACACAAUGACGGUCGCCUCGGCGGGCGACCCGCAAGAUCCGGGUCGGUACCAGCAGGCCUGGCACCCGAUUCGGCCCGCCAAACCCGCCCCCGGCGCCGUCGUGUACAGUCGAUGGAUCCCUCACCUCAAGGAGACAUUCUCCAUGGUGUCUCUUGAUUACGAAAACGACGAGCACCUGCGCCUGUUUCACGAGUGGCAAAACGACCCACGCGUGUCGCAGGGGUGGAACGAGACCGGCACGCUGGAACAGCACCGUGAGUAUCUGCGCCGCAUUCACGAGGAUCCUCAUCAGGUAGCCAUCCUGGCCAAGUGGGACGACGUUUACUUUGCCUACUUUGAGGUAUACUGGGCCAAGGAGGACCGGCUCGGCGGCUACUACGACGCCGGCGACUUUGACCGCGGCCGUCACUCCCUCGUGGGCGACGUGCGCUUCCGCGGGCCUCACCGGGUCUCUGCUUGGUGGAGCAGCCUGAUGCACUACCUCUUCCUCGACGAGCCGCGCACCAUGGACGUCGUCGGCGAACCCAAAGACUCGAACUCGACGGUCAUCAUGUACGAUCUCAUCCACGGCUUCGGCCUCGAAAAGUUUGUCGACUUGCCGCACAAACGGAGCGCGCUCGUGCGCUGCUCGAGGGCGAGAUUCUUCCAACUGUGCCCGCUGGCGGAGAAUGAAAAGGCCGUCGGGGGGAUGAAGAUUGGGUUGGUGCCAAAGCUGUAG